AAAAUAUAAUGCAUUAAUGACAAGCCAUGCACUUUGUGUCCAUAUAUUUCCUUUCCAAAUUAAGACUUGACUCCCCCAAUAAGUACCUCCACUUUCCUCCCCUCUAUCCAUUGGCACUCAAUUACCCUAUUAGCAUCUCCAUUUCUACUCUUGACACUCUCUAUCUCUCUUGUUCUCUUUCUGUUCUGAUAUUGAAAGAAAUGUCUAUAACUUGGAUGCUAAUUUGCAUUGCUAGUCUUGUCUCUUUUCUGACGUCCGUCGACGCAAAGGUCCGUGGUGUUUACACUGUUGGUCCAUGGCAGGACGCCCAUGCCACCUUUUAUGGUGGCUCUGAUGCCUCUGGCACUAUGGGGGGUGCAUGUGGAUAUGGAAAUUUGUACAGCACAGGAUACGGAGUGAACAAUGCAGCAUUAAGCACAGCACUUUUUAACAGUGGCCUAAGCUGUGGUGCUUGCUUUGAGAUAAAAUGCACUGAUCCAAAAUGGUGCACCCCUGGAAACCCAUCCAUUUUAGUAACAGGCACAAAUUUUUGUCCACCAAAUUAUGCUUUGCCAAAUGAUAAUGGUGGUUGGUGCAACCCUCCCCGCCCACAUUUCGACCUCGCCAUGCCUAUGUUCCUUAAAAUUGCUGAGUAUCGUGCUGGCAUCGUCCCUGUUACCUAUCGAAGGGUUCCAUGCAAGAAGCAAGGAGGAAUAAGAUUCACAAUCAACGGUUUCAAUUACUUCAACAUGAUCAUAGUUACCAACGUGGCAGGUGCUGGUGACAUCCAGCAAGUUCAAGUCAAAGGUACCAACACUAAAUGGAUAUUUAUGAGUAGAAAUUGGGGACAAAAUUGGCAAUCCAAUGUUGUUCUUGUUGGUCAAGCACUUUCCUUUAAAGUCAAAGCUAGUGAUCAUCGUUAUGUUACCUCAUACAACGUGGCACCUUCUAAUUGGCAGUUCGGUCAGACUUAUGAAGGCAAAAAUUUCAGAGUUUGAGUUAAAUAAAAUUACCCAGAAAUAAAUUGCUUUUCCUUAGUUAUUCAUACUAUAUAGUACUAAUUUUUCUCCCUUUUUAAUGGGAAAAAUUAUAGGUAUAUCGAGGAUUAGUUUAAUUUUCUUCUAUAUUUUGUAACGUCUCUCGAUUCCUCUCUUGCUAGAGGAUUAGAAUCGUUCAUUUCUAAGUCCGAGGUUGUGGUUAUUCCACGUGAAUGGGACUGUAUUACUUUUUUUUUCUUUGUUUCUUUUUUUACUUUUAGUGAUGUUGAUGUGGCUGCAAGGAUCAACGUUGGGAUAAAAAUGUAGUCCGCAGCUCUACAUGAUAUGACUGCUAGUAACUUAUAUGUAGUGAAAAUGAAAAUAAUUAUAUGUUGUCUA